AUGUCCAAUGGAAGCUCCAUCACUGAGUUCCUUCUCCUGGCAUUCGCAGACAGACAGGAGCUGCAGCUCUUGCACUUCUGGCUCUUCCUGGGCAUCUACCUGGCUGCUCUCCUGGGCAAUGGCCUCAUCAUCACUGCCAUAGCCUGUGACCUCCGCCUCCACACCUCCAUGUACUUCUUCCUCCUCAACCUCUCCCUCCUCGACCUGGGCACCAUCUCCACAUCUCUUCCCAAAGCCAUGGCCAACUCGCUCUGGGACAAUACGACCAUCUCCUACACAGGAUGUGCUUCUCAGGUGUUUCUCAUUUACUUUCUGAUUUCAGCAGAGUAUGUCCUUCUCACUAUCAUGGCCUACGACCGCUACGUUGCCAUCUGCCAACCCCUGCACUACGGGACCCUGCUGGGCAGCAGAGCUUGUGUCCACAUGGCAGCAGCUGCCUGGGGCAGUGGGUUUCUCUAUGCUGUGCUGCACACAGCCAAUACAUUUUCAAUUCCACUCUGCCAGGGUAAUGUCCUGGACCAGUUCUUCUACGAACUUCCCCAGAUCCUCAAGCUCUCCUGCUCAGAUGCCUACCCCAGGGAGGCUGGGCUUAUUGUGGUUAGUGCCUCUUUAUUCUUUGCGUGUUUUAUUUUCAUUGUGCUCUCCUAUGUGCAGAUCUUCAGGGCCGUGCUGAGCAUCCCCUCUGAGCAGGGACGGCACAAAGCCUUUUCCACGUGCCUCCCUCACCUGGCCAUGGUCUCCCUGCUUGUCAGCACUGCUGUGUUUGCUCACCUAAAGCCCCCCUCCAUCUCCUCCCCAUCCCUGGACCUGGUGGUGGCAGUUCUGUAUUCGGUGGUGCCUCCAGCAGUGAACCCCCUCAUCUACAGCAUGAGGAACAAAGACCUCAAGGAUACAGUUUGGAAACUGAUGACUAGAGCAUGUUCAGAAGUAAUCUACUGCCCAUCGUCUUUUCCAUAUCUCUCAUAA